AUGCAGACCUUCAGUCGUCAAGUAUUUGCGCCUACCAUCAGGCAAAUUCUCAAUGAAGGCUCAACGCGUCAACACCCUUUCCGUCACCUCCAUGCUUCAACUACGUGCCAAUUCCCUCGAAAACGAGAGCACUUCUUCUCGUCAAAGGCUCCCCUGCAGCAAGAGGUUGCUACUGCCAAUGCAGAAGUAGCUAAAGAUGCCCCGACUCCCCAGAAACGAAAGCCGAUGCGGUCCCCGGCAGGAAAGACAUCUCUGAGGAGGGUCGCAGCGGAGGCUCAAAGAUCUAGAGAUACUGCCCUUCGGAAGAAAGACACAGCCCAGGACCAUGAAGGAAGCAAUAGAGUCAUGGCGAUAUCUGUGGCAAGCCAAUUCGACAUGGAAGAGGUGGUUAAGAUUCUCCGGGCUCACGGCUUCUCGAUUGAUCCAGACGGAACAGAAUUCGAUUCAGAUCAAGUCAUACAUACUCGCGGGGUGAACAAUGGGGAUAUUUUCGUAUUUCCGUCUGGUACUCUAGUUGCAUGGUCUCUACCAGAAGAUGUGGUCCGGGAUUUGGCCACCAAAAUUCUGCUUCCAGCAGCAAUCGAACCUCAUAUAGAACAGAUAGAAACGGAAGACCUAGAAUACACAGAGGAUGAAAAAAGAGACAGCAGCGCUAUCAAGGGUGAUAUUAUUGCUCUAGGCACAAAACACAGCUCGCAGCAUGCAGACAGCUCGAAUCCACGACUUGACACGACACUUGCAAAGAUUGCUUUCUCAUCCGGUCUUGCCCGGUCAACAAAGCUUGCAGUCCUCGAGACGAUGUUAGGAAAAUACUUUGAAUCCACAAGAGCAAUUCCGACCCUUCUAUCCAAAGGCUCACGACUACCAUUUCGUCGAAAUUUCAUGUUACAGAAGACUGGGCAGUUGCUAGAGUUGAGGGCACAGUUGAACCACUACUCCGAGCUUACCGACUCCCUACCAGAUCUGUUCUGGGACAGCAAAUAUGAGCUGGGUCUCGAAGGAUACUACGACCAAGUUGGCAGAGCUCUUGAUGUUGGCGUACGAAUCAAGACUUUAAACGAGAAGAUGGAUUAUGCCCAAGAGAUCGCAAGCAUCUUACGGCAGACAUUAGCCGAAAAACACAGCAGCUUUCUCGAGUGGAUUAUCAUCAUAUUGAUCGCAAUAGAGAUAAGUUUUGCUGUCCGCAACGAAAUACAAGAGCGACAGAAUGCAAAACUUGCAAAGGAAAACGCGAUUGAAGCAUAG